AUGACGGAUGACUUGGGCUCAUCCGGAUUGGAUGGUGCCCCUGGUCCUGAAACGCGCCCGCGUCGCAGGGCGGUCGCAGUGAGGGGAGGAGCUUCUGCCCGUACCCCUAUUGUGGCGAGGUACUCGCGCCGUGUGGAUUCGGCCUCGCCAAGCUCUCGCAACUCAUCGGUCUCAAGGAGUACGACCCCGAUUCCUAGGGGGAACUAUGGGUUAGGGAGCGCGACGGCUGAGCUUAGGGCGGCAGAGGAGGAGACGAGGGAGAGCGGAUUGAGUCGGUUCCUCCGGGACCGCGUGGUGGGGCGGGCGGCCCAUACUACGGUCUUAGACCCAGAGGAGGGGAUGGCGAGUGAGGAGUCUUGCCGAGAGGACCCCACCAAGCUCGGCACACAGGAGCUGCGGGCUUGGGCGGGAAGGAGCACGGCGUCCAUCAUACAGUUGGCUACCAAGUCCAGCCAUCUGAAAGGGACGUACGUGAAGAAGUUCAAGGAGGCGGCCUCGGAACUCCAGGCCAUAGUGGAAGCCCUCACCACGCGGAACGAGGCCGAGGAAACCCGCCGUCUGCAGGCGGAUAACAACCGUCUCCGCUCUGAAUUGGAGAUAAUCAGGGCGGAGCAGAAGGCGUAUCGGUGGGACUUCACCGAAAUGAAGACCGCGAUGGCCAAGGAGGCAAGGCGAGGGAGGCCUCGAAGAUGGCAGCUGAGGGAGCUUCGGCAAAGAAAGCGGCAACGGGGAUUGAGGAGCGCCUUCUUCCUGAAAGGGUCGUCCGCCCACCGUUGUCCUCAGACAGAAGGGGCCCGGCUCCUCCCCGUACGGCUGGAGCUCCACAGGCAGGUCGGGGCCUCUCGGGCGGCCUCGGAGCGAGCCCGGCCUCGGGGUUGCCCCAAGCGAGCAGCGCCGCAGGAAGAAACCUGGUCGGAGGUGGUGACCCGAAAAAACAGGGCCAAAAAGACUCCAACCAGCAAUCUCCCGACGGCAACACUGAAGAACCCUUCCGCGGCGGCCGCUAAGCCCAAGCCAAAGCCCAACCUGGCGCCGCCCAAGACUGCAGCCGUAGUGAUUACCCUGGCUCCAGAGGCGGCCAGGAAAGGCGUGACCUACGCUCAGGUCUUGGAGCAGGCGGAGAGAAGAGUAAAUCUGGAGGAGCUCGGCAUUGGCGCGGGGAUGCGGAUUCGCCGCUCUGCUACCGGGGCCAGGCUAUUGGAGUUACCCAAAGAGCACACCCAGGACCAGGCCGAGGUGCUCGCGGAACGUCUCCGCAAAGCAUUGGAGGGAGUGGCGGAGGUCGUCCGCCCUACGAAAACGGUGACACUCCGUGUUACCGGGCUGGACGAUUCUGCCACGGCAGUAAAGGUUGCGGAGGCGGUGGCUCGGGCAGGGGGCUGCUCGCUCACCGCGGUUAAGGCAACUCAGGUGCAGACGGGCCCCUUGGGAACUGGCUGGUCCACUGUUUACUGCCCAGUGGACGCGGCCAAAAAGGUUUGUGAUGCCGGACGCCUGCUGGUGGGCUGGAGCUCAGCAGGAGUCCAGGCACUGGAGCACCGCCCUCUGCGCUGCUUCAAGUGCAUGGGUAUGGGACACACGGCGUCUUUGUGCCCCUCCAAAACCGACCGGAGCAAGAUGUGCUACCGGUGUGGAGAGGAGGGCCACAGGCACGUAGGAUGCGAGAGGCCCCUGCGCUGCGCCGUCUGCGCGGACGCAUCUCAGCCGUCAGGGCACAUCAUGGGGGGGAAGAGCUGCCACCCCCCUCAAGGGAAAGCCCGAGUUGUCCCCUCUCAGAGCGACCGAAGUGGUCCAGCGCAGACCGAAGACACUGAUAUGCCGUCAAAUGAAUAG